GGCCGCCGCUGUCCGCCGUGGCCGCCCGCCGGCUCUGCGCCCUCCGCCGAUAUGAAUUACUCUAGGUUCGUGACCACUGUGAGUGCAGCAAGAAAAGCAUCUCCAAUAAGACUGCUGACUGAAUUGAUGCAGAAGUCUCCUCCAUCUCUCAUCUCUCUGGCUGGAGGGGCACCAAAUCCUAAUGUUUUUCCAUUUAAGAAGGCAACUGUUGACAUUGGAUAUGGAACUCCCAUUGAGAUUGGGGAAGAUCUGAUGAAGAGAGCCCUCCAGUACUCAGCCUCAGCAGGGAUUCCAGAGCUGUUGUCUUGGCUAAAAGAUUUCCAGCGGACCUUACAUGAUCCCCCCACAGCCAAUUACAGUCCUGAGCAAGGACAGAUGGAAGUGUGUGUCACAACUGGCAGCCAGGAAGGCUUGUGUAAAGUGUUUGAAAUGCUCAUUAAUCCUGGAGAUAACAUUCUUUUGGAUGCACCCACAUACUCUGGGACACUAGCAGCUCUGAGACCCUUGGGUUGUAAUAUAAUUAAUAUUCCUAGUGAUCAACACGGCAUUAUUCCAAAAGCCUUAAAAGAAAUUCUGUCUGCUUGGAGCCCAGAGGAUGUAAAAAACUGCAGCAAUCACCCCCCCAAAUUCCUGUACACUAUUCCAAAUGGAUGCAACCCAACUGGCAACUCACUGACCGCAGAGCGCAAAAAGGAGAUUUACCAGCUUGCAAGACAAUAUGAUUUUCUCAUAAUAGAAGAUGAUCCUUACUACUUUCUUCAAUUUGAAAAGCCAUGGGCUCCAACUUUCCUCUCAAUGGAUGUGGAUGGCCGAGUUAUCAGGACCGACUCUUUCUCUAAAAUUCUCUCAUCUGGUUUAAGAAUAGGUUUUCUGACGGGUCCUAAGCCUCUCAUCGACAGAGUUGUUCUACACAUUCAGGUGUCAACGAUGCACACCAGCACUUUCACACAGAUUAUGAUAUCACAGCUGCUUCAGCAAUGGGGACAAAAGGGUUUCUUGGAGCAUAUAGACAGAGUGGUGGACUUCUACAGGAUCCAGCGGGAUGCAAUGCUCACUGCUGCUGACAAGUGGUUAAAAGACUUGGCAGAAUGGUAUCCUCCUGCUGCUGGCAUGUUCUUGUGGAUCAAAGUCAAGGGUAUUUCUGAUACACAACAGCUAAUAAUGGAAAAGGCUUUGAAGAAAGAAGUAUUACUGGUUCCUGGAGGAGCAUUCAAUAUUGAUAGUUCAGAGCCUAGUUCUUAUGUCAGAGCCUCCUUCUCUCUGUCUUCUCCUGCCCAGAUGGAUCUGGCCUUCAAGAGACUAGCUGACCUUAUAAAAGAAUCUUUGUGAAAAACCUAAAUAGAGCUCUUGCAGUAAUAAAAAUCAUCUCCAGAAAAUAAUAACAUUGGAUUUCAUGAGAACACUUUAUAAACAAGCACAAUACAGUGGAUACUUCCUUAGAUCUUUUCAGCUAUAAAAUAAAGACAGAAAAUGAAAGUGAAAAACAAUUUACAAUUUACUAAUUUUUUUUGACAGGACAUUGCAUUACUAAAUUUAUCCAAUUCAGAAACAUUUAAAAUACUCACAACCAAAAUGUUCUGUUUCCUGUAAAAUCCAUGGUUUUGUUAGAUUUGGAUUGAUUUUUGUUCUGACUUUUGUUUUCUAUUUGAGUUGGGAAACAGAAAUCAUUUACUUAGAAAGUCGCACUUGAGAUGGUCUUAGACACUAAUACUUCUCACUAUUAAUCUCAGCUGAUACAUUCCUCCAAAAUCUUAUGUUGGAAUUGUCUUAUGUGUCACUUCCAUUCUUGUCCUACUGUAUGGCAUCUGGUUUUAAUGAUCUGAGGAUUGGUAUUUAAUUUUACUGAAGUUUUGUCAGAUUAAGCUGAUGUAAGUAUGUUAAAAAUUGAAACUGAUCCAGUAAAAUGAGGCAAUGAUUACAAAUAAACAGAGGUCCCUUGCAAUUUGCAAGGGCAUCGCAGCUCAUUCUAAUUUUAAAACAAAUUCUGAUUGCUGAUUUUUACGUCAGUCUGUGAAUAAUUACUCUGUACUUGUGUUAAAAAAUCUCUGGUUUGCCAAGGCAUAUGGAUGUGCUAAAGGAGCUACUCUUGCUUAUUCAAUCAGAUGUGGUUUUGAAUGGAAAGUGUAAAUAACUGAACAGGGGACAUGAUGGAAUGGACUCUACCCUGACACUGCCAGAUUCAAACAAAAUGAAAAAAUAAAGAAAUAUUUCAGUCUCUUAUCCCUUGGUUAUUGUCAUCCCAAACAUUUGAUACUCAGCUAAAAAACCUUCAGAAAGUUUCAACUGAACUGAUUCUCCAAGGCUUCCCAUUUGGAUUAGUGUCUUCAGUUUUCUUUACUGUUUGGAUGAAAGCAUUGUGGUUUUCCACCAGUAUCAGAUGGCUGUUUCUUUCUGUGCAACUAUUCAGAAUUUCAAAGUAAAACAUUGUUCAAGGAUCUAGUUAGCCAUUCAGCAGCCCAGGCAACCCAAGCAAAUAAGGGCCAGGCACAACCUUGCUUCAUUGGAAGUUUCACAACAGGCAUGAUUUUAAUACUUACAAUAAUUUUCAUUCCCUUUUUUCCCCCCUAGUCAUAAAUAGCAUGUGUCACAACAACCUAGCAUAAAUUAUGCCUUUCCCAGAAUCCCUCCCAUAUUGGCAGGAUCAUUCCAGUGCCUCCAGCCCAGCAUCACUUUUCAUGUCUGUCUCAAGCCUUUUAAUAUAGUCACACAUUCGUGCCUUCUUGAGCAGCCUAUCUAAGAUCAAUCCUUUGCUCAAUUCCCAGAUUACUGCAGCUUUUAGCUAAAUUCACUGGAGAGGAACUGACAUAGGUGGACAAGGUGGUGCAGUGGAUGGGGCUGGCUCCUCCACAGAGUCAGGGUGGGCUUGGGACCCAUGGAGUGAUAAAGUGUAGGGAGAGCCUUCAGGCCCAAAUCUGCUCUCAGGGUGCCAACACUGUCUUUGAAGACAAGCUUGUCCCAUUUUACACGGUUUGAUGGUGCUAAUGGGGGAUCUAAAUUAGCAGUGCCUCCUGUGCAGUGCUGCUCAACAGGAAGUAUUCACAUCUCAACCCACUUCCAUAAGCAUGUGUAAAAAUUAUGAAAACUCUGAUGUUGUUAUCAGACAAUUUUUAUCUUGGGCUCAAUUGUGAAAAUUAUUUUAUACAACAACAAAUUGAUGUGUCUGUUUAAUUAAAAUAAUAUUUUUAUAGAGGAAUAAAUGUAAACAUUUAAGACUGA